UCAGGUAAUCUUUUUCCGUGAGGGAGGUUUCUGGGACCGUCGCGCUACCUGCAGAAUCUGUGAAAUUCAGGUCGUCUGCAGACGAAAACAUUUCACCAUGGCGGCACUAGUAUUACGAUCGGUGUUCAGAACCAAGGUCCACCCUAAAGCUGGCCGUUUGUGCUACUCCUCCUCGUCAGUGCCGACUGUAAAGCUUUUCAUUGAUGGGAAGUUUGUAGAGUCCAAAUCCUCAGAAUGGCUUGACAUUCACAACCCUGCUACCAAUGAAGUGAUUGCCCGUGUCCCCAAAGCCACCCAGGAGGAGAUGGUGGCUGCUGUAGACUCGUGCUCCAAAGCCUUUCGCUCCUGGUCUGAGACCUCCGUGUUGUCUCGGCAGCAGAUCUUCCUGCGCUAUCAGCAGCUUAUCAAGGACAACAUUAAAGAACUUGCCAAGUCCAUCACAGUGGAGCAGGGAAAAACCCUGGCAGAUGCAGAAGGAGACGUGUUCAGAGGCCUGCAGGUUGUGGAGCACGCCUGCAGCGUCACGUCUCUGAUGCUCGGAGAAACCCUGCCCUCCAUCACCAGGGAUAUGGACACUUACACCUACCGUCUUCCCAUCGGGGUGUGCGCCGGCAUCGCCCCCUUCAACUUCCCCGCCAUGAUCCCCCUGUGGAUGUUCCCCAUGGGCAUGGUGUGCGGCAACACGUACCUGCUGAAGCCGUCGGAGCGCGUGCCCACCUGCGCCAUGCUGCUGGCCAAGAUGCUGCAGGACGCCGGCGCUCCAGACGGGACGCUGAACAUCAUCCACGGGCAGCAUGCCGCUGUGAAUUUCAUCUGUGACCAUCCAGCCAUCAAAGCCAUCAGCUUUGUGGGAUCAAACCAAGCCGGGGAGUAUAUUUAUGAAAGGGGGUCUAAAAAUGGCAAAAGGGUCCAGUCCAACAUGGGCGCCAAGAACCAUGGCGUGGUGAUGCCCGAUGCCAACAAGGAGAACACUCUGAACCAGCUCGUGGGAGCGGCCUUCGGGGCGGCGGGACAGCGCUGCAUGGCCCUGUCCACGGCCAUCCUGGUCGGCGAGGCGCGGCGCUGGCUGCCGGAGCUGGUGGAGCGUGCCAAGGCUCUGCGCGUGAACGCAGGGGACCAGCCUGGUGCAGAUGUGGGGCCCCUGAUCUCUCCACAAGCCAGGGACAGAGUCUGCAGUCUGAUCCAGAGCGGCGUGGACGAGGGAGCUCAACUCCUCCUCGAUGGCCGAAACGUCAAGGUCAAAGGAUACGAGAACGGCAACUUCGUCGGCCCCACCAUCAUCGGCAACGUCACACCUAGGAUGAAGUGCUACACGGAGGAGAUCUUCGGGCCCGUCCUGAUCGUCCUCGAGGCAGACAGUCUGGACGAUGCCAUCCGCCUGGUCAACAACAACCCCUACGGCAACGGCACCGCCAUCUUCACCACAAAUGGUGCCGCGGCGCGCAAAUACACUCACGAGGUGGACGUGGGCCAGGUUGGAGUCAAUGUGCCCAUCCCCGUGCCGCUGCCGAUGUUCUCCUUCACGGGAUCGAGAGGGUCCUUCAGAGGGGACACCAACUUCUACGGCAAACAGGGCAUCCAGUUCUACACGCAGAUCAAAACCGUAACCUCACAAUGGAAAGCUGAAGAUGCUACCUUGAAGAGUCCUGCCGUUACCAUGCCAACAAUGGGACGCUGAACGCUUCGUCUUUCAAGAGCUUCUGAUGUAACGUCCAACUCACAGUGUACAUUCAUAGACAGAUAGAUAAAUGUUGUGAAUUAACAAACGUUAAAGACUCUAUAUAUGUGAGCUGUGUGGGUAGAUGCUGAGUGAAUGUCUGAACAUCUGUGCAGAAGAGAAAACGCUAAUAAAUCCUGUUGGUUCCUCAAAGA